AUGUCUUCAAUCAAGAAUGUCCUUUAUUUCCAGUCUGGACUUGGAGUCCUAGCCAAUAUGUUUCUACUGACUUUCUAUAUUUUCAUAAUCCUAUGUCACAGACCUAAGCCCAUGGACCUGAUCUCAUGUCAAUUAUCCUUCGUUCACAUAAUGAUGUUCCUCACUGCAGGGGAUAUUUGGCUUUCAGACUUAUUUGAGUCACUGAACAUUGAGAAAGACUUCGUAUGUAAGGCAACUUUUUACACUAGUAGGGUGAUGAGAGGCCUCUCUAUGUGCAUCACCUGCCUCCUGAGUGUGUUCCAGGCUGUCACUAUCAGUCCCAGUACCUCACUGUUGGCAAAAUUUAAGCAUAAACUAAAAAAAUACAUCAUCUGUGCUUUUUUCUAUUUUUGGUCUUUCAAUUUGUCCUUCAGCAGUAGCCUGUUCUUCUCUGUUGGUGCUUAUAACAACAUGAGUGACACCAACCAGAUGAAGGUCACUAAAUACUGCUCACACUUUCCCAUGAACAACUUCAUCAAGGAAUUGAAUGUAAUAGUGUCAACUUUAAGAGAUGUGUUUCUUGUAGAAGUUAUGCUAACCACAAGUGUAUAUAUGGUGAUUAUCUUAUAUAGACAUCAGAGACAAUGCAAGCAUCUUCAUAGCAUCAGACACUUGAGAGCAUCCCCUGAGAAAAGGGCCACCCAGACCAUCUUGCUGCUGGUGGUUUUCUUUGUGGUCAUGUACUGGGUGGACUUCAUCAUCUCAUCCACCUCAGUCCUGUUGUGGAGAUAUGACCCAGUCGUCCUGACUGUUCAGAAGUUUGUGGUGAAUGCCUAUCCCACAAUAACUCCUUUGGUACAAAUUAGUUCUGAUAACAGAAUAAUCAAUGUGCUGAAAAACUUGUGGCUAAAAAGCUAA